UUUUGUUGGCUGCAGUGCAGACAGGGGGCGAAGUUAUUAGUCGUCUAGGUGGCAAACUGAAGAAGUUUCCUUCUAAAAUUUUGACGUAGUUCAAACAAAACCACUAUGACUUCGACGAACAUGUUCCAAGGGUUGGGUUCUGGUGAAAAACCAAGUUCCAGGGUGCUGCAGCCUCCUGGUGGCGGCUCCAGUAACCUUUUUGGUGGCUACGAAGAGGAUAGCGCUCCAUCAAGACGGUCUAAUAAGAUGGCCUCUAAAGUUUUUGCCUCACCAGAGGAGCCCCAAAAUGUAUCAAGACGCUCCAAUCCGCCAGGUGGGAAGAGCAGUGGGAUAUUCGGGGAACCCGAAGCACCAUCUCGGCCACAGAGGCCAGUACCUCCAGGUGGAGCCUCCAGCAACAUAUUUGGGUCUGCAGAAAGCACACCUUUUGUAAGCUCCAGCCGAAGCCACCCAAACAAGCCAAAGGACAAUCUAAGUGUGGGACCUGAGCCUAAAUCACCAGCACCUGAAGCCAAAGUGAGCCAGCCAGCAGUGAAAGAGGAAGUCGCCAGCCCUGCACCUGUGCCUGCUCCUGCUCCAGCUCCUGCUCCUGCUCCAGCUCCAGCUCCAGCUCCAGCUCCAGCUCCAGCUCCAGCUAAGGAAGAGCCUCCAGCCGUCUCAGCCAGUCCGGAUCCAAAACCUGCCGCAGCUGCUCCUGAUGAGACAAUGCCGAAGAACCACGAGCCUCAUCUGGGGCCUAAGCCUCGCUCUCACAACAGGGUCCUCAAUCCCCCCGGAGGAAAGUCCAGCGUGGUUUUCUACUGAUGAUCACACACACAUCGCUUCUCCCAGUUUGUUCAUCGUCUGCUUCCCUGUUGAUUCUCUCAUUCCUGUUCUGCACCUUCAGUGGUUAAUUCAUCUGUACAGCACACAAGCUGCCUGUAGAUCUUUUGGUGGUGUUGUCCACAUCAGAUUUCUGAUUUCUAGUUGUUUUUCAACUUGUUUUUGCACUUUUCUCUCUUUGUCUCAGUCCUGUCCUUUUGACUCUUCACCCCUCCUCUUCCUCCUCACUGAAUCCUGCAAUGAUACAAUCACACACAAGUCAAUCAGCUAGCUAGGUAUGUCCCAAUCGAUAUGACUGUAACAGUGCUCAAAUUCAGUUGUGCGGUUAUUCUUGUUUGAUUUUUGAGGAUAUGUAGAUUGGAUAAAAACAAAUUUUCCAAAUUAAAUGGAGACAAUUUUUAUUUUUAACCUCAAUGGACCUGAAUUUAUAUUGUGGAGCUGAUACUUAUUAAUAAACCUAAUAUGUAGCCUUUCAGUUAGAAGAGAGAUAUAGAUUUUUUUUUUCACACCAAAGUUUUUGUGCAAAAUGUUUCAAGAAAUUUAGCGUGCUUUCAAUAUUUUUGACCUGUCAGAUCCUUACGGUUUUUAUCAUUUAAAUGUGUAAUUAGAUACCUUAUUAGCUUAGUAUUUGUCAUCUUGUUUUAAUUUACUAUUGCCUAACAUGUAGACAAAACUGACAUUAAAAAUACGAUCUGUAUGGGUGCCAAAAAAACCACAAUCAAACAAAUAUGAAUCCUAAGAUUGACUUUUAAAUGUUUCCUCAAAGUAAGUUUCAUUUUGAUUGUAUGUGAAUGUAUUGUGCGGGUACUUCUCUGCUCUGUCCUCGUUGCUUGCAUUAUCUGAGAACAUGCCUUUCUUUUGCUUGGGGGUCAGCCUCUGUUUAUGUUUUAAAUUAAAACGGCUGAAGACGUGUGAACUCUAAACAAGCUCGCAGCCCCCCUGAGUGCAGGUGGGCUCCUCUGGUCGCCUUUUUCAUCCACAUCAUUAAGCACAGACGAGUUAUUCCGAUGCCAGCCUGUCCCCUCUCUGUUCGAUGUGCCUGGCAGCAAAUGAGUGCAGCAGAAGAAAGGAGUCCUGUGUAUUGAAAUAAAACUUUUGUUUUGCAUUUGA